AUGUCAUUUCUUAGAGCGUGUGCCUUCGCCAAAUGUCUGCGUCGUCGCAGUUUAUUUGAAAAGUGUGCUGUUCGUGUGUCUUUUGCGGACUGCUGUCGGAUGUGUGUGUCGACAAGAAACGGCGCAGUCAGAAGAAUAUCAGAGACACCUCUCCAGCUACAAAGAAGAAAUGUUUCAUCUGUACUCCCAAAGACAGACUGUGCAAGGAAACGCGUGCUGGAACAGUCUCAGCUGUUAGACGUGAUUGAGGCCAGGAUCCAGCAACUCCAAACUGACAUUGUUCUAGAUGUCCAACAUGCUAAAGUGCAAUUUGUUAAAGCCCCUUCUGCUGGAAGAGGGGUAUCAUCUGGAAGGGGUCCCAAAAACAUGUCUCAGGAGAAAACUGACAUUCCUAAAUCAGGACAGACUGUUGUUAAAGGAGCCUUUAAAUCACAGCCAAGUCGCUGGAUGGAAAAAUUAACUGAGGAGAAGAAAAACAAACUCAAGAAACAGCAGCAUAUCCAGCAGAAAAUUCAGAAAAAUAUCAAGGAGAAACAAAUGAGCAAAUCUAAAGGUAGCAAAAGCAGCUCCCAGAUGCUCCCAGGCGCAGCGAAGAAAACUAUAUCUACCAAAGCUAAAAUGACUAUACCUGUGAUUAAGACGAUUAGACGGUCCAUGACAUUAUCUGAGGAAAUGCGCGCUGCAGCUUCUUCAACAGCUACUUCCACUGCUGCUUCUGCUGCAGCAGCCGUGUCACACGAAGUCUCUAAACGGAAGUGGAAGGAUUCUAUAAAUCAGCCUCUCAGUGAAACGGGACAAAAGCAGACUGUCAGCGAUGCUCAGAACAUGGCUACGGAGCUGGCUGAUAUAGAAAAAUGGGAGAGGAGGCUCAAUCAGCAGGUGAACCAGUGGACUUCUUCUCAUAACCCAGAGCGCCUACAGGCGGACAGUGAAGUAACUGCUUGUGGGGACAUCCUGCUGAGCAUCUGCUCCUACCUGGAGGCGUGUGUGUUUGCAGGGGAGAUUGACAGGGCACACUGUUUCCUGCUCAGUCAGCACAGAGUAAUGAGUCGACGUAAACAUCUGAAGACAAGUGUCUACAACAUCAUGAUGAGGGUGUGGGCCAAGAGGGGCACAUUACAUCAGAUUGGUCGCAUGUUUAUUCUGCUAGAAGAAGCUGGUCUGAAGCCAAAUCUGGGCUCCUACUGUGCUGCUCUGGAGUGUAUGGGCCGCAAUCCCAAAUGCUCCCCAAAAGUCAUCACUAGGUGCCUGAGCCAGAUGGACGAGGAUGGUCUGUCUGUGGAUGAUCUGUUCGCUCAGUGUGUGUUCGAACAAGAUGAGAGAGACAUGGUGCUGAAGGCCAUACGUGUCAUCCAGCCCGACUACCAGCCCUGCUUCAACCUGACCACAAGCCAGUGUUCUUCAUCGCUUGUUAAGGACUUCUACACAAAGAGGGCAGACCAUCACUACCCCAAACUGGACUUCACUCGGGAGGAGCUCCGUGAGCGAUUCAAACGUCAGCUCAGCGUGGAGCGGGCCUGCACUGUCACCAUCGACUCUGUGGAGGGUGCCAAGCCUGUCACAGAAAACAUGGCCAAAAUGAGGGAGCUGCUGGCUGAGCAGCGGGCUCAGUGGCAGAAGAUCCUCCUUCAGGCCCUGAGGGAGAGCAAGACGAUCCUGGCGAACACCAACACCAAGGACUACAGGCUUAACCUUUAUCCCUACCUCUGUCUGCUGGAAGAUAGGGAGUAUGUUGACAUCAUGUUACAGAGUGUUGCUAACCUACCUCCCAGUGGAGAGUCGCUGAAGAUUUUAGCCGGAGAUCUGGGCAACAGGGUCUACACCAAAUACUCUGUGGGACAGAAACACCAGAAUCAGACGUUGGAAAAGUUGGGCAACAUUUACAACACUUUCACAGAGCUGCUGGCCAAAGAUACUAAGGAGUAUGACGUCCUUCCCAGGGAGCAGUGGUGUAAUCUGGAGAUAGAGCAGAGUUCAGGACCAAUGCUACAUGGGGGAAAGACAAGCUGGCCAUACAUAAUAACUCUGGAGCUGGGCACUUACUUGGUCGAUAUGAUGGUCAAGAACCUCAAAAUUAAUAGCGACAUCCUGAACCCGGCCUACGACAGGAAGCUCAUCCCCAUCCUCUACCACAUGUACACCUUCCGUAGCACCCGACAGGUCGGCUUCAUUAAGCCCCACCCCAUCCUCACUCAGAUGCAGCAGGAAGCCAUGGAGACCAAGCUGACCUUUGACUCCUACGUGAUGCCGAUGGUGUGCCCUCCUGUGCCCUGGACUUCUGUCAAGUUUGGAGCCUAUCUGCUGACACCAACCAAGCUGAUGCGCUCAGUGGAUGGGGCCACCCAACAUGAGGUGUUGCUGGAGAAAUCACAGAACCUCCAUGCAGUCCUGGACUCUCUCAACCAGCUGGGCAACUGUGCCUGGAGGAUCAACAAACCCCUGUUGGAUAUUAUUAUUUCCGUUUUCAAUGAUCGGGGUAGUGAAAAGCUAGACAUCCCUCCCCCCCUGUCAGAGGCCCCCAAAAUACCCCACUUCAACCCCCAAGAUCCCACUUACACCGCUUCUGAGAAGGCCCACAUAAAAAGAGAGGUGAUUAAUGCCAAAAAGAAAUGCAGUGAGAUGCACAGCCUACGUAUGGAUGCUCUCUAUAAACUCUCCAUCGCCAACCACAUGCGGGAUGAUAUUUUCUGGUUCCCUCACAACAUGGACUUCAGGGGACGUACCUAUCCCUGCCCCCCAUACUUAAAUCACCUCGGAAGCGAUGUGACUCGGGCCAUCCUCGUGUUUGCAGAAGGGAAGCCCCUCGGUCCCAAGGGCCUGGACUGGCUAAAGAUCCACUUAGUCAAUCUGACAGGGUUAAAGAAGAGUAGCUCACUACAGGGACGGCUGGAGUAUGCCAACACUCUCAUGGAGGACAUACUGGACUCUGCCGACAACCCUCUAAAUGGUAAGAAUUGGUGGAUGAAUGCAGAUGAGCCUUGGCAGGCUCUAGCCUGCUGCAUGGAGAUUGCCAAUGCUGUGAGAUCUCCCAAUCCAACACAGUUCAUCUCUCAUUUUCCUGUUCAUCAGGACGGCUCCUGUAAUGGUCUCCAGCACUACGCCGCUCUAGGCAGAGAUGUUAUUGGUGCCACAUCAGUCAACCUCAUGCCUUGUGAUGUGCCCCAGGACGUGUACAGCGGAGUAGCACAGCAGGUGGAGGAGUUCCGAGCACGGGAUGCAGAGAAUGGCCUAAAGAUUGCAAAGGUCCUGGAGGGCUUCAUCAGCAGGAAGGUGGUCAAACAGACGGUGAUGACUGUGGUGUACGGGGUCACACGCUAUGGAGGACGCCUCCAGAUAGAGAAAAGACUGAAGGAGAUUGAUGAGUUCCCCAAGGAGCAUGUAUGGGAUGCAUCCCAUUACCUGGUGCGACUGGUGUUCAGUGGCUUAAAGGAGAUGUUUACAGGGACCAGAGAGAUCCAGGAUUGGCUGACAGAGAGCGCCAGGCUCAUCUCCAAGUCUGGCCACACUGUGGAGUGGGUGACACCCCUGGGUUUACCCAUCAUUCAGCCCUACCAUCGCACACGCCACCAAGUGCUGAAGAGUACCAUGCAACUCAUCAAUGUCCAGAUCAACCAUGACACUAAAGAGAAGCCAGACACAGUUAAACAGAAGAACGCCUUCCCGCCAAACUUCAUCCACUCUCUGGACUCCACACACAUGAUGCUGACUGCUCUCCACUGCUAUGGUGCUGGUCUAACAUUCGUCUCAGUUCACGACUGUUUCUGGACCCACGCCCUCACUGUGGACACCAUGAACAAGGUCUGUCGGGAACAGUUUGUCGCCCUGCACAGCCAGCCAAUCCUUCAAGAGCUGUCCAACUUCCUGCUACAGAAGUACUGCACUUCCAUCCCGGCUGAGGCCAAGAAAAAGAAGUACCAGGAGUACAGGAGGCUGAUCAUGCUGCUGGCUAAAGUGCCCCAGACAGGUGAUUUUGACCUCCAGCAGGUGAAAGAAUCCACUUAUUUCUUCAGCUGAGAGGCUCGUGGGUGCAAGCCAGCGAGGGAGAUGAAUGGAAUUGACAGAGUGCAGUGGGGAGGCUGCAGGCCCCCAGGGUCUCAACCGGUUUUGUAUCCCUCAGACAUCAGCACAUUGAUUCAGCCACUCCCUGCCUGCCUCCUGGUCCACAGGCUGGUUGGAGCUGCUGGAGCUGCUGGAGCCGCUGGAGCUGCUGGAGGUGUUCACACACAAUGAACCCGCCUGAUUAACUGACUAGUGGGCUGAUGGAAGGGAGGGUGGGAUACUCAUCCUGGCGGAAGAUAAUGGAAUCAGCACCAGAUGUGAAUGUUAAGACUUCAGUCAGUGAAAAGUACCUCUUAUAAUGGACACCUAGACCAUAUUCAAAUGUAGUGUAUAUGUGAGUGACUGAGUGAGCCAUACUGAGUCGUGUCGACUUCAUCACCCAGCAACACUUCUGCUGCUCAAUAAGAGUACCUCAUCAUCGAUUCCAGCAUUUACUGAAUUGCAGGAUGCUCUUUGACACAAAGUUCAAACAUUUUAACUUUUUCUGUAGAAGUUUGAACAAGAGACAUUUGAGGGGAAAUGAAAGACGUACUUUACAGAAAUGUGGGCAAUGGGACUUUGAGAGAAAGAGAAAUGUGGAGUGAGUCAAGGGCCUUUUAGAUAGCAUAAUGUCCCUGUGUACUCUUGAUUCUUACCUUCUUCAAGUGACUAAGCACUUGGUAUUUGCUCUAAAAUAAAUGCAUUUUUUAAAAUGUCUCCUUAUCCUUUUGAUGGUUCAAAGAAAUAACUGGUAUUCUUAGUGUGCUUAAAUAGGAUGAAUGAGACAGCACGUUAUUUAGUUAUAUCUGCGGAUUUCAAUCCUAUUGUGUAUCAUGAGAUGAAGGCCUCCUUUUAGAUGCACCACAAAGGGUUUGCAGGCUUCACUAAUCAACUGAGAUCUUAUUUUUCUGGGCCAGUGCCGCAUCUAGAAGUAAAAAUAGCUGAAGUGCUAUCUGAUCAUUGCUGGAAACAUUACAGCAGUUUCAGACAAAAGGUGCCGUUGAUGUUCAAAGGCAAAUGUAGGCUCAGCCAAACAAAGCUGGCUGAGUGACAAUGUAAUGAAAUGGAGAUAAUCUUCCAGGGGGGCAUAAAUAGUGUGCUGAUUAGACUGUAGGUUUUCAGGUGAUUUGCAUGGCAACAUGCACAUGCAGAUGCUCUUCAUAUUUUAUGACAUGCAUGAGAUGUGACUUGCGAAUUUGAGUUAUUAUUUUUUGUAAAAAUGAGCCAUCCCCUUAAUGACAUGAUUUAAAAUGGAAUCUACUUUGAACUGUUUUUCAUGCCCGGUGUGCUCUCUGUGAGAAACAGCCAUUAAUGUUGCCAAA